AUGCAGUCUCAUAAUGAGCAAAGGAGCCAUAAGUUACCAUCAACAAGCUUAACUGGAUUAUAUUCAGCUUAUGCAAUCUCUUGUAUUGGUGAUCGAUUGUGGACUUUUGCGCUUAUAUUAAUAUUAGAAUACAUUGGCGGUAUUCGAUUGGUAUGUUUCAGCCAGUUAUUCGACGAAAUAAUCAUUAUGGCAUUUGGUUCAGUAAUUGGAAGUUGGAUGGAUCAUCAUACUAGAAAACGCGGUAUAAUAACAGUGUUGAUUGUAAAUAAUACUAAUGUAGCAAUAUCAGCAGCAUUGCUUGCUUCAUGUAUUACAAUAAGUGAAAUAAGCACUAAUUAUGAUUCACAUUCUUUAUUAUGGCAUAUUCUCUAUGUCAUUUGCAUUGUUUUAUCGAUAAUUACCUGUUCGCUCAGUUGUUUAGCAAGUGAAAUGGAAAAAAUGGCAUUUACCAAAGAUUGGAUUGUUGUUAUAACUAAAAAAGAUGAAACAUCAUUGUCUGCUGCAAAUGCAUGGAUGAAAACGAUUGAUCUGUCAUCAUCAGUAGUGUCACCCUUUAUAUCUGGUUAUAUUAUCAAUUCGAUUGGUUACCGCUUUGCAUGUAUGAUAUUCGUAGUAUGGAAUUUGUUAUCAGUAUUUAUAGAAGCAUAUAUUAUCAUCAGAGUUUACAAUGCGGUAGCCGAACUUGCUAAAAGAGAUUUAUCACCCUGUCUUGAUGAACAAAGAAAAACUGAAUGCUGCAAGAAAUGUCCAGGUUUUAUACAGCGUACAAUUGGCAGAUGGCUUACAUUAUUUUACAUUUAUUAUCAACAAAAUGUUUUCCCAGCAGCAUUUGGUCUAACUUUACUGUACAUGACUGUGCUUGGAUUUGAUGGCAUAGCCAUUGGCUAUGCAAAAUCACAAGGCCUAUCAGCAUUAUGGUUAGGCAUUCUGAGAAGUAUUGGUGCUGCUUUUGGUAUUAUGGGUGCAUAUUUAUAUUCUCUUAUCGAAACUCAUUCUUCGGCAAGGAAAUCCGGAUUUAUUGGCUUAACUGCUCAGCAUUUGGCUUUGUAUAUUUGCAUUAUUUCUAUUUGGUUACCUGGUUCACCAUUUGAUCCAAUAACAUAUUUUAGAGAAAUUACUUUUGCUAUUUGGUGGCAACAAUUAAAAGAUAGUUUUGCAUUUGUUCGCGAUAAAAAUGAAAAUGAAACUGACCCAAAUGAUAUUGAUUGGUCAACCUGGACAUCAAAUGGACACUCUAUUAUUAGCGCUUUCACACUGCUAAUAGGUAUAGCGGUAGCAAGAUUAGGCUUAUAUAUGGCGGAUUUGUCAAUUUCACAAAUUAUGCAAGAAAAAGUACCUGAAAGAGAACGAAAUACCGUUUUCGGUGUACAAGAUUCAAUAGCACAGUUCUUUAGUAUGCUCAAAGAUAUCUUAACCAUAAUACUACCGGACCCAAAAACAUUUGGCAUACUUAUCAUUAUUUCUAUAUUAUUUGUAUCCAGUGGAUUCCUAUGUUUUUGCUAUUAUAUUCUUGCGGUUGUUGAUUACGAGGAAAAAAUCGAAGUAGCCAAUAGCAACACAGAAAAGAACCAUAAUGAAUCCGGAAAUGUUUCAGUGAAAGCAAAUGAGAGCACCAGAGAACACAUUUCUGCUUCUUCGGAUAUGCAAUAA